CUCUCAAACCUUUGAUUAAUCAGUUAGUAACUGUCACUGCCAUCAAAAUUUCUGUCUCUGUCAAUCCAAGUUAUGCGCAAUGAAGUUCCCACUAUUUCGACGCCUUUGCAAACCAAAUCUAAUUGUACGCACCAAAUCCAAUCCGUCACGAUGUCCGCCCGAUCCCGCACCGACAGUUGUCACAUUAAUCGGGGCCAGCUCAAGAGUCGGCCAACUUACCGCCCUCCAACUGAAACAGUGCAACCUACUCGACGAACUGAGGCUGUUCGAAUUUGCAAAAAGUGGACUGUCCGGAGUGGCGUUAGAUUUGAAUCACAUUCCGACAAGUGUCAACGUGGUCUCGUAUACGGGAUUGGACUUGCUUCGAAACGCCGUUGUGGGUGCCCAAGUUGUCGUGAUUUGUGGAGGCGAACCCAAAAAACCGGGGAUAAGGGAGUACGAUCUGUUUUUGGGAAAUGCCGAUUAUGUUCGUAGCGUGGCCUUGCAUACGGCCGAGUUUAAUCCUAAUGCAAUUCUUUGUAUUACCACUCCGCCGGUUACUGCCAUGGUACCUUUGGUGUCUGAAGAGUACAAAAGAGCCGAAGUUUAUAAUCCUAAAAAGAUUUUGGGCGUCACGACGUUAGGGGUCACUAGGGCUAACAGUGUCAUUGCAGCUUAUUCCGAGCAAGACCCCAGUACUGUGUUGUGUCCUGUGGUGGGUGGAAUGGGAGCCACAACGUUGGUGCCAGUGCUGUCGCAAACUGAAACAGGCCCCAAGCUGCCACAACCAGCCGUAGAACUUCUUCAUAACCAAAUUUGUAAAUCAGAAGACGAAGUGCUGACCUUAAAAUACUUGGAAAAUUCGAGUUCGUGUGUACUGUCAUCCUCGUUCGCAACAACAAGGUUCGUAACGUCAGUUCUGCAAGGGUUGAAGAAUAAGUUUACUGGAUACGAAUUUGCCUUUGUUAGACAAACGGGACAUAUUGAACCUUUUCUCAGCUACAUGAUGUCUGUAAUAAAAUUAGACAAUCAGGGCGUACAGUCCCUUCACAUGCCCAACCUCAACGAAUUGGAAGCCAAAAAAUUGCUAAACGCCGCAGAAGUGAUCCGUCAGCAAAUCCAUUGGGGAGCGAGCUUUGUAACGGGCGCGUCGUUUGAAAAAAGGAAACGCCCGAAAAGGAUAGUGCAGGAUUGCGCAAUUAUUAAGAUCGAUCGGCAGUCUCGGAUUGGCGAUUUGUGUGCCAAAAGUUGUUAGUGGAAAGUGAA